UCCCUGUAGUUCUGUUGAAAGACACAGCUCAGAAAAAAAUAUUCUGGAGUGAGAUAAAUCACGAGAAGCAUCUCUGCUUGGGACUCAGCAUGUCUUUCCGAGAGGAGUUGAGGAGUCGCAGGUUCUGGCGUUCAGUUUUGGCAGAGCUGGUUGGCUCCCUGGUCUUGGUUGCAGUGAUUUUGGGUGCCUCUGCCCCUGGACAGGAGGACGAGGUGCCUGCCUUGAUGCAGGUGGCUGUAGCUGCGGGGUUUUCUGCUGUCAGCCUGAUCCACUGUUUCGGAGAGAUUAGCGGUGCUCAGGUAAACCCAGCUGUCACACUCGCGUUCUUGUGCACCAGGAAACUGGAUUUCCUUCAGGUUGUGUCCUACCUUUUGGCUCAAUGUCUUGGAGCUGUGAUUGGAUCAGGGAUAAUCUACAUGUCACUGCCAGUCAAGUCAGCAUCAAGGCAUUUAGUUAACAUGAUCAACAAGGAUGGAAAUGCUGGCCAAGCGCUUGCAAUGGAGAUUUUUGCCACAUUCCAAUUAGUUUUCACGAUAUUUGCUGUGGAUGAUCACCGGCGCAGGGAAGUGGGAGAACCUGGCAGUUUGGCAAUAGCUCUCAGUCUGACAGCAGGAAUCAUGGCAUCGGGUAAGAUUUCAGGAGGCAGCCUGAAUCCUGCAAGAUCUCUUGGACCAGCGAUAAUCACCGGAUUCUGGGAGCAUCACUGGGUGUACUGGAUUGGUCCUAUCCUUGGUGCUGUCCUUGGUGGCAUUUCUUAUGAGUUCUUUUUUGCCUCCAGUGCCUCUCAAGAAAAGCUCAUUGCCUGUAUCACAUGCAAAGAUAUCGAGAUUGUGGAAACCACCAGUGUGUCCCGUUCAUCAUUACUGACAGUCACACAAUCUGCAAUGCGAGCAAAACAGACUGCAAAAGUGCAGGAUCACAGUUAAAGUUCACAUUAUUUAUUUUUCCACAUACCUAUAUAGAUAGCCUGGGUUGUCUUUUUGAAUCUGUGCUAGAGACAUAGUUUGUCACAAACAUUAACAAUUAGUUUUGGCACCCUGGGAGGUGUUGUUGAUGAAUGCAUUGGCUAACAUUGUCCUGAGGCGUAUAGACCAGAAAAUUCCAAGUUCAAAUCCCCCAGUGUGUGCUGAGUUAGCUGAUCGCACAAGGUCACCAACUCAGACGCAACUAUUAUU